AUGCCAUUGAUGACAUCGCAGAAUCAUUCGAAUGAGACCCUUUCCUUGUCGGCACAGAGCUCGACAAACCAUUUCACUUCAGACAUCUUGGAUCCUAGCCCAACUAGCAACAAUGGGGCACAGGAUCCUACGUCAGGAGGUCUCAAACCAAGCUCUCUAUCAAAUACCCGAAUCCGUGCGACUUCAUUGACCUCUACCAGUCACGAAUACCCUGUCACUUCCUCCACCCCUAAUAUCACGUCGCCAGUCUUAUUACCAGUUCAGACGUCAUCAACCAGCGUGCCUUCACCAAUGACCUCAGCCCAAUCCAACUUCACAACCGAUGUCCCUGUGCCUAUAACCGUUUUCCCCAUCAGCAACGCAGAUACCUCCACCAGCAUAACAUACAUCGCAACCAACACUGUCGACUCCGACAACCAACCGACCGAUGUCUGGAAAUGCCAGGGUGAUCUCUGCGACACAAGUAGCAGCAAAAGCUGUAUCAUUCCGGCCUUCUGCGCCGACGAGCCAGAUAUCGGUCAAUCAUGGGGUCUAUGCUGUGGCUUUAUCCCGCUUCCCGUGCCCGGUGGUGCAGCUUUGCUUCCUGGAGGACCACCUUCGCCUCCUGUGAUCGGACCUCCUGUUCCGCCUGGUCCUCCGGGGCCGCCUGCUGGGGGCGGCGGUGGGUCUGGUGGUGGAUCGGGGAGUGGAAGUAAUUCGAAUACUGAGGAUGACAAGAACAACGAUGAUAAGAGCCACAAUGGGAAGGACAAUGAUCAAGAUGAGAAAAAUACCUUUACCUCGGCGUCUACUGCUGGGCGAUCUACUUCUCUAUCUACGACCAGGCCCAACACGGCUACCUCCACUGAGUCAACAUCCUCAGAUGCAACAAGUAGCUCAGAGCGUUCGACAUCGACCAGCAAAUCGGAAACUUGCUCACAGGCGGCAACAGCAUCUACAUGCACGAUGACAGUGAGUAUCUUCACGCCCACGGCAACGGGGACGAGCACACCGACUCCUGAGACAAAGACCAUCAAGACCUGCUCGACCUUCCAGUCCAUUGACUCCUGCCCUCGCACCAUCUCCACAACAGUAACAACCAUCACUGCAUCAACCACCGACGCUAUCGCGUCCCCCAUCGAGCAUUACUGGGAUUGGGACGGGCAACACAACUGGCUUGAAGUGCAGCAGUCUGUUCUGGAGGGACUCGAAACCGCCUCGUCAUCACCCUUCUCUAGCAUCACAACGACAGACACCACGAGCGAAACCACCGCAUCCGUUCCUGCGUCUAUAACAGCCGUUCCAUCGACCACCACAACCCAGGACCGCAUCACAGUGACACGAGAACCGCCGGCCACUGCGGCUCCGAGUGUAACAACCACUGACCCGGCACCGAUAAUUGCUGUCAUAACGCUUCCUACGACGUUGGUUACGUUGAGGAAGUAUCUUUGUACGCCUUCGUAUAUUCAACAUCUGGCGCGACCCCCAAUGGCUCUGCUACUGUCCGCGAACGACAUCAUCCAGCUCAACGACGCUCUUCGUGCCACUUAUCACGAACAAUCUUUGUCGGUAUACCAGUAUCCCGGACCCGGUGCCUAG